AUGAUCUGGAAACAAAUCGUCUUCUUUUCCUGCCUCUCAGCUUUAGUGAUCUUGGCCGUUCUCCAGGACGUGGAAAGUGCUACUGUGGGCUCCAGGCAAGUGGCUGGGGACGAGAACAAGGAAAGUCUGAAAAGGAAGAUUUUCAUGCAGGAAUCUGAUGCCUCCAACUUCUUCAAGAAGCGAGGCAAACGGUCCCCUAAGUCCCGAGAUGAGAUCAAUGUGGAGACACGGCAGCAGCUGAAAGCUGAUGAGCACCGGAGAGAGUAUUUUGAAGAACAGAGGAAUGAAUUUGAGAACUUUGUGGAGGAGCAACAAGAUGAACAAGAUGAAAGGAACCGGGAACAGAUUGAACAGUGGCGCCAGUGGCACUAUGAUGGUCUCAACCCGCCGUACCAAUACAACCGCCAUCAUGUCUAA